UUCCAAAUCCACAGGAUAUGUGUUAAAUCACUCAGAAGACAACGCAUCCACAAUACCUCUGGACAUCUACGCAUUAUAUUCCCUUUCUUAAAUUAGCCCCCCCUCAGCGUCGCAAUACCGCCCCCAAUUUCAGUGUCGGUACGGAGCCGCCAGGCCGGGACAGAGACGGAGAGAGAGCCCUCGGCCAUGGAAGCGCUCGGACCCGACCCCCCUAUAGGCCCGUCGGCCCCCACCUCCCUCUUCCAGCCCCCGCGGAGACCUGGCAUGGGCACUGUGGGGAAGCCCAUCCGCCUGCUGGCAAACCACUUCCAGGUGCAGAUUCCCAAGAUUGAUGUCUAUCAUUACGAUAUCGACAUCAAGCCUGAGAAACGGCCUCGGAGGGUCAACCGGGAGGUGGUGGACACCAUGGUUCGCCACUUCAAGAUGCAGAUCUUUGGUGAUCGACAACCGGGCUACGACGGGAAGAGAAACAUGUACACGGCCCAUCCACUACCCAUCGGGAGAGACAGGGUGGAUCUGGAGGUGACUCUACCGGGGGAGGGGAAGGACCAGACCUUCAAGGUGUCGCUGCAGUGGGUGUCGGUGGUGAGCCUGCAGAUGCUCCUGGAGGCCCUUUCAGGCCACAAUGAGGUCCCCGAGGACUCUGUUCAGGCCUUGGACGUCAUCACCCGCCACCUGCCUUCCAUGAGGUACACUCCAGUGGGACGCUCCUUCUUCUCCCCUCCAGAGGGCUACUACCACCCACUGGGCGGAGGGAGGGAGGUAUGGUUCGGCUUCCAUCAGUCGGUCCGUCCUGCCAUGUGGAACAUGAUGCUCAACAUCGAUGUCUCUGCCACCGCUUUCUACCGUGCCCAGCCUGUGAUCGAGUUCAUGUGCGAGGUGCUGGACAUCCAGAACAUCAACGAGCAGACCAAGCCACUCACCGACUCCCAACGCGUCAAGUUCACCAAGGAGAUCCGAGGUGGGUGGGGACCUGCAGGUCUGAAAGUCGAGGUCACCCACUGUGGUCAGAUGAAGAGGAAAUAUCGCGUGUGCAAUGUCACACGCCGUCCUGCCAGCCACCAAACGUUCCCCUUACAGCUGGAGAAUGGCCAGGCCAUGGAGUGUACAGUGGCUCAGUACUUCAAGCAGAAGUACAGCCUACAGCUAAAAUACCCCCACCUGCCCUGUCUACAAGUGGGGCAGGAACAGAAGCACACCUACCUACCCCUGGAGGUUUGCAACAUUGUGGCCGGGCAGCGCUGCAUCAAGAAGCUGACAGAUAACCAGACCUCCACCAUGAUCAAAGCUACAGCACGUUCUGCACCCGACAGGCAGGAGGAGAUCAGCCGACUGGUCAAAAGCAACAGCAUGGUCGGCGGUCCCGACCCCUACCUGAAGGAGUUUGGCAUUGUGGUGCACAACGACAUGACCGAGGUGACAGGCCGAGUCCUCCCAGCGCCCAUGCUGCAGUAUGGGGGCCGGGUGAGUACCGACACUGGGCGGGACUGUGGCAGGGGACUCUCUCCGCAGAAUAAGACCGUGGCCACGCCCAACCAGGGCGUGUGGGACAUGCGGGGGAAGCAGUUCUACGCCGGGAUCGAGAUCAAGGUGUGGGCUGUGGCCUGCUUCGCCCCACAGAAACAGUGCAGAGAGGACCUGCUCAAGAGCUUCACAGACCAGCUGAGGAAGAUCUCGAAGGACGCGGGGAUGCCCAUCCAGGGACAGCCGUGUUUCUGUAAAUACGCCCAGGGAGCGGACAGCGUGGAACCCAUGUUCAAACACCUGAAGAUGUCCUAUGUGGGACUGCAGCUCAUCGUGGUCAUCCUGCCCGGCAAAACCCCUGUCUACGCGGAGGUAAAGCGGGUAGGAGACACUCUCCUGGGCAUGGCCACUCAGUGUGUCCAAGUGAAGAACGUGGUGAAGACAUCCCCCCAAACCCUCUCCAACCUCUGCCUCAAGAUCAACGCCAAACUGGGUGGCAUCAACAACGUCCUUGUGCCCCAUCAGAGACCCUCUGUGUUCCAGCAACCUGUCAUCUUCCUGGGGGCGGACGUUACUCACCCUCCAGCCGGCGACGGCAAGAAGCCCUCCAUCGCGGCGGUGGUGGGCAGCAUGGACGGCCACCCCAGCCGCUACUGUGCCACGGUGCGCGUGCAGACGUCGCGCCAGGACCUGUCCCAGGAGCAGCUGUACAGCCAGGAGGUCAUCCAGGACCUGACCAACAUGGUGCGUGAGUUGCUGAUCCAGUUCUACAAGUCCACACGCUUCAAGCCCACCCGCAUCAUCUACUACCGCGGUGGCGUGUCCGAGGGCCAAAUGAAACAGGUGGCGUGGCCGGAGUUGAUAGCUAUCAGGAAGGCCUGUAUCAGCUUGGAGGAGGACUACCGACCGGGCAUCACCUACAUCGUGGUUCAGAAACGCCACCACACCCGCCUCUUCUGCUCAGACAAGGCCGAGAGGGUUGGAAAGAGUGGCAACGUCCCAGCCGGAACCACGGUGGACAGCACAAUCACCCACCCCUCCGAGUUUGACUUCUACCUGUGCAGCCAUGCUGGGAUCCAGGGCACCAGCCGGCCCUCCCACUACCACGUCCUGUGGGACGACAACUGCUUCACGGCCGACGAGCUCCAGCUGCUCACCUACCAGCUGUGCCACACCUACGUCCGCUGCACCCGCUCAGUCUCCAUCCCCGCGCCAGCCUACUACGCCCGGCUGGUGGCUUUCCGCGCCCGCUACCACCUGGUGGACAAAGAUCACGACAGUGCGGAGGGCAGCCACGUGUCGGGCCAGAGUAACGGUCGGGACCCCCUGGCCCUAGCCAAGGCAGUCCAGAUCCACUAUGAUACCCAGCACACAAUGUACUUCGCCUGAGCCACGCCAGCAAUGGGUGCAGGUUCUGUCCCUUCUCUCUCUCUCUCUCUCUCUCUCUCUCUCUCUCUCUCUCUUUUUUUGCCAGUCUCUAUCUUUCUCUUGCGUCUUGAUCUGCACCAAAGCGGUUCGAAGCCAGUGAAGUGUGCCAAUGGAGUAUUUUCCUUUUCGGGAAAAAACGACAUCCGGCGUUCCCGAUUGAGCCGCCUUCUACCAGCAAUCCGGCACCGAGAGACCGCGGGGUUUCCAAUGUACAGAGAAAGCAAAUACACGCAUACACAAGUUGAGCCAUUUUAUUUUUUAUUUUUCCUUUUCAAUGUCUUUUUUUUGUGUAUUUUUUUUGUAACACUGAGCAAUGGAGCGGACUGACGCCAAUCGUCAGUGGCAGCUCUUCUAGCUAAGCAGGACUCUGUCUACUUUUUACCUCAAAGCCCCUUUGGGUGAAAACCUUUCAUAAGGUCUUGGGUUGGUGGGGGUCAUUGGGGGUAUGCGUGGAAACAUGGGUGGGGUGGACCUUUUUUUGAGAAUAUAUUUUUUUUCCUUUUAUGAUCAUGUUUCUCCUUUUCUUCAGUCUUUUACAAGCGAGGUCAUCUGGGUAUCCAUACCCAUUACUCUUUAUUCUCCCAUUUAGCGAAGAAUAAGUGUGUUUGUGUAUAUACGUGUGCGUGUGUGUGUUUCAUGGCAGGCCACUGAAUUGUAAAGGGAAAAUCAAGGAGAUAACUGCUGUAAAUGCCUCAGAUUUGAUGUUUUUAUAUUCACACAUUACGUAUAUAUAAAUAUUUACAUCUAUAGAACAGAUUGAACUAUACAGGCUUCACAGAGGCCGGUGGGUAUAUGUGUAGCAGUAGCAACCGUGGUUUAGCCGGUGUGGCUGACUGGGCAAUGGGACCUAUUGAAUGGUUGAGAGCUUCGUGAGGGUUUACGGCAUUGGGCUAAGCCGUCUUAGUUGGUGCCCCGUGUGAGGAAGGGGAUCCAUCCCUUAAACUUGUUUGUCUCAACGGUUAUGACAUUGUUGGGGUGGAGCAUGUUUUUUAGCAAGGCGCUAGUCGUCUGAAUUUUUCAGAGCAGGAAAACACAUUCACUUAACUUUUGGGGUCUCCUUUGCUACCGGCCAAUUCAUUGCACUGACCGGGGACGCUAGGUAAAGCAACAGAGGGCACUCUUCUCUUACCUUUAUGCAUUUAUACAUACAAAUCAAAAAGCGGAAUUUGUAAGAGUUUAAUAUAAAACUGUUUUUGUGGCUAAUCUUAACUAUUGUUCAGACAUAGUUGGUAUGUUUGUUGUUCUUAUUGUUGUUGUUAAUGUUCUUAUCUACGAUUAUGAUAAUUAUCAAACCGGCAGCAACCAGAUGUGUAGUUAGGAGAUCAGUGGCUGGGUUUAGAGUUAGACACUUUGUAGCAUUCUGGCCUCCGGUGUGGGGGAGGCCCAAGGUGGGGGGCCUCCGGCGUGGGGGAGGCCCAAGGUGUAUCAGUUUAUGCGCCCUUCUGCUCCUCAGUUAUGUAGUAGUUUAUGGUGUUAGGGAAUGGUUUGGUUGUGUUCUCCAGUAGGGAACAUCUGUGUUGAUCUAUCACCGUUACUCCUGACUGGUAAAACAGGAGGCUACCAUCAGUGCUCAUCUGGUGAGUAUUGUUGGCAGCAGGGGGUUUUGGUUCGAAUGGAUGAAAGGUGACAAUCAGAGCUGGCAUUAGGAAGAAACUGGGACAGACAGUGGUAAAAAAAAGAGGUAUGCAAUAGGCAAUGAGUUACAUUUUUAGAACUUCAUAAUGUGUUUCUAUGAUAGUUUGUGUGUAUUUGAACAAGUAUAUCUAUCCAAGUCUAAACUUCUGGUAUUUUUUAAUGAAAUAAUGUUUUGAACACCAGAUAUGAACAUAAAGCAUAAGCACUGCCCUUGGAUCUAAUGACACCUGACCAGUCACGACCGCGGUUAAAGAUCCAAUUUAACCACAGUCGUGGGUAUGGUUGUGCAUAACUCGCGGUGAGGAUGGGGCGGGGGUCGACGGCGGCGUGCACGCCUCGUCAGGGGGGGUCGGCUCAGCGAGAAACCCUUUUGUAAUAAACCAUACGUUAAGCAGCAGGUUUGCUAUGAAUGAGUUUUGAGCGCCUACCUGUCGAGGGCGUGGGCGCUUGCCUAUGGGAGGGGAAGCAUGGUGGCGGUCCAGGCGUUGCAUGCAAUAAGUUUGAGGGGCGGGGCUAAGCUGUUGUGGAGACGUGCACUAGUUUUCCCACGCGGCAAGGGUGCUGCGUUGAUUCAGCCUGGUGUGGUAGUCUGCAGAGUGUGUUCCUGUGGGUGUGGCCAGACUGGAGCAUUGUCCAGGAUGUGGGUGUGGUCUCCUAGCAGGGGAUCCAAAGGCGGUGAUGACUCCCCAGUUUUGAACAUAUUAUCAUUGCAAAGCAAUAUUAACCCAGAAUCCAGUUUUCGAAUGAGGAAAAAGCUAUAAUUCUUCUCGUCGACGUGGCUGUUGGUCUGCUCUCUGUCGCCGUUUGUGUUUCUGUAACUAGUUUUGUUGCCUGUAUCAAUCAGUGGGAAUGUGCAUUCAGUGGACUAGCUCUUUAGGCUCUGAGAAUAAACAUUUAAAAAAGAUAACAUUUAGACUUUGCUCGCCUGCAUGCCAGAGUAUUGUCUCUAAAAAAAUCUCUUUAGAAUUAUAUUUAUUAAGAGACAGGAGGGGGGGGAAAAAUAUGGUAAAUGUUUAUGAAUUUAGUGAGACUGUUAUAGGCUAGCAAUAUCGUCCACUCUCCUCGAGACGUAUUUGAAAGAUUCCUACACAAAUGUCAGUAAAAAACGGAGGCACAGGCUACUAGAGGCUGAGCGUUCGAGCCUUUAUGUCGUGGCCUGAAGACAAACGAGGUACUUUCUUCAAAAGUGGGCCCGCUAAAGACUUGAACUCUCGCCCCCGCACAGGCUUCAGUGUAGCGUCCAUUUAGGCCUCCACUUCCUGGUUUGUGCCCUGCCACGCCUCUUGGGGCUGUCCUGUCUCGUGGCGCCACCCUGCUGGCCACCCACACAAGCGCACUUCCUCUCUGUGGGGGGCCUCGGCCCAAGGUGUCCACGGCCACAGGAAUACCUCCUUUUUAACCUUUUUAACGAACCAUUCUUUCUGUGCCCCGUUUGAAAGCGAGCAUGAUUUUAUUUUUUAAUUCCUCUUUGAUAUAAUGACUACAGGUUUGUUAUUUGACAUUGUGUAAUUUAAUUUUCUUCUUUAUUCUGGUGUGUAGCUCUGCUGUUUUCUGCUAGUGGUCUGAGCUGUGUGACUGUCCAAUAGCAAUAGAAAGGUACCCUGUCUGACCUGCUGGGGAGGGGGUGGGGCUUCCUCAGGCCCCUCCCACAAAGGCGCCUAAUCACUCGCUGUAUUCGCUAUGUGACAUGACAUGUUGAAUUUUUAUUUUUUAUUUUUUUUAGCCUGCAGGGAAUAUUUGUGUUAUUGUGCAAAGUAAUAAAUUGGUAUUUUAUGCCUAUAUCAUA